ACUUCCAGGUAAUUAGUGAGAUGGAGGCACAACUUGUUGGAAUAUAGCAAUGGCGAGUUUUAUGGAAUUUCUUCAGAUGGAGCAUGUCAAACUGCUGCAGAAUUAUGCCGAUUUGCAGAAACGUUAUGAUAUACUGGCUUCAACUAGGGGGAACAAUGAUGCUUGUAUUGGUGACACUUCGAAACUUUCGUUCGUGCAAAAACUUGUGACGAAAAUUACCGAAAUAUAUGAUAACGAUUUAUAUAGUGAUAUAACAAUCCACUGCGAUGGACAUCAGUUUCGAGGUCAUCGCUUAGUGAUUGCAACAAGAACAGAUUAUUGGGAUGAUCUUUCGGGAAUUGAUCGCAUUGAAUUUGAAGAUAUUACUUAUAAUAUAGGCUGUGCUGUCUUGAAAUGGAUGUAUACGGAUCACGUAGACGGUUUACUGGGAACUCGUUGUUUGAUGCAAAUAUUCACAACAGCCGUCAAGUAUCGCUUUCUAGACUUACAGAUAAGAUGUGAAUUGCUUCUGCUAGGUCGGAUUGAUUAUGACAGCUGUGUGAUGCUGUAUGAAUUUGCAACCAAAAAUGACUUGGUGCAAUUAAAAGAUUACUGCGAGAAAAUGAUUAAAGCAAAAUGGAAUGAAUUCAGUGCUGAUGAUUUUGCUAAAAUAUCUGCUUCAUUAUUAUAUGAUCUUAUCAAGAGCUGUGCUGAACAUGUGUUGCAUUCAAUUAUUCGCCUGAGGCGUAGUGAUACAUUACUCCUCUUCUUUAUUGAACAUUUUGAGGAAUUGCCCAAACUGUGCAAUGAAGAAGUCAGCAGUACGUUCCCAUUGGAAUUGGCGUUGGAAUCUGAUCAGAUAGAAAUGGCAACAUCUUUAGUUAAUCAUCAUGCGGAUGUAAAUGUCAUCGAUAGUAAUGGUAGAACGCUGUUGAUGAGGAUGCUGAUGAAAAAUAAAGUUGAUGCAUUGGUUUUCUUAACUCAAAAUGGCGCCAAUUUUGGUUAUGAAGUUGGCAUAACCAAUGAAAAUUUGUUGCAUAUUGCUGCGUCAACAAAGUGUUCCUAUGAUUUAAUUGAAUGGCUGUCGGCUAAUUUAAAUCAUUUUAGUGUCAAUGAUGUCGACUGCGACUUAAAGUAA